AUGAAGAUUUUCUUACGAAACGUUAACUGUUUACAUAUAUUCAGUAUGUCCAGAAACUGCUGUCUCCUCAUGCUCUUUUUGAUGGCCACGACUUCAGACUUAGUCCAAGGACAGCUGCCAUACUCCUCCAACCCUCCAGCCUACGAGAUACCUCCGCUUGGGGUCAUCCACGAGUACCAGAGGCAGCUGGAGGACGACAUUUACGCUGUUGAGAGGAAAGCUGAAUCUCUUGCCCAUCGCGAAUGCGUUUCUGGUGAAGAAAACUUCCUGUUCUGCCCUCUAACCCUGAAUAUCUUCGACUUCACUACUUGCAUCAUCAACCCUCAAACCGCCCAAGGAGCUGAUGCCCUUACUCGAGGUAUCAAGUUCCCCUCAAGUGCCUUUUCCUCAACGCCAUCCGUGGCUGUUGGCAUCUCGGGGAUUGGAACCGGACCCACUUGUGGCGUGAAGGUGGAAGCCACAGAUGUGUAUGCCAGCGGGUUCAACAUCCAGAUAACUGGAGGUUUCCUCUUGUACCCAUUCUCCUUGAAGGUGACAUGGAUAGCUUGCCCAACCAGACAACCAUUGAACACCACCGUGAGAGAUUUUACACCUAAAAAAGGCGUGCCUCCUCCGCCAUAUUUCCCUAUUAGCUAUGGCCCCGUGUCAUCUAACAGAGCCGGGAAGAACACCUCAUACAACAAUAAUAACCUCAUCUAUGCCGACAACCAGCCUCGAUACGAUGGAUCUAAAUCAGGUUACGAGGAAAGCUCUCUGCCUGUAGAUGAGGAUUCAGAAGACGAAGAGACAACCUCAUCAAAAUCCUCUUCAUUCACUUCUGAAGCAACAGCCUCCACCACAGCAACUUCCUCAACUUACAAGACAUCCACAACAAAACACGAGGGCGGUGAAUCUAAAACCAAAACUACAACACCUGGCGAUGAUUCUGCAGGGUCUGCUGACUCGACGACAGAAGCUUAG